AUGGAUGUCCCAGAAACUGACACGAUUAAUGCCGUUCUGGCAAUUCGUCUUGAGCUACAGGACCUUGCGACUUCCUUGCCGGCAAUGCCCAGCCAUGAAGAGAUAGCUCAGACACGCGACCGCAUCAGCGUCCUCCUGUUCCAACUCGAAGAACUUGCGACACUCGACGCCGCACAGUCAAACGUGAGAUUGCAGCAGAGCAUCUAUCGAGCCAUGCUCUCCGACUUCCCAGAGGUUGAUAGGCUUCUCACUCAAGAAACGGACUCGAUGGACGGAGAUGAGAACCAACAACUUCACCAGCCAAGCAGCAACCCGAAUAUAAGAGUUGUGGGAAGGCACGGAUACUACGAAGACCCUCGAAUCCAGCCUGAUGGGAGCACUAGCCUGGAAUCAUACAUGCACGACCUCGAGGCUGAUGAGAUUCAUCCGUCCAAAGAGUGCUAUGCUUGCUUGGGAGAUACCCCAUAUUCCCAGCUCAUCACUCGUGAAGAAUGCGAGCAUGUCUGGUGCCGCCCAUGUUUGUCGGAACGCUUUGGAUUGGCCUUGAAGGACGAGAGCCAAUAUCCUGUCCGAUGCUGCCGGAAUGUUCCCUGCAUCUCCCCUGCCAGCCCUGACAUCGUGCGACUGCUUGGGAAGGAAACAAUUGCCAAGCUGAACUUGAAGAUGAAGGAAUACGAAACAGCGGAUCGAACGUACUGCCACGAGCCCACUUGCUCGGAAUUCAUUGACCCAGACACAUACAUCAACCGGAUGGCCCCUUGCCCCUCCUGUCAACGAAACACCUGUGUUGCGUGCAAGGCUGCGUUCCAUCCUCACUCUGAAUGCAGGGAUGCCCAGGAUGAAGCCUUUGACACCUGGAAAAGGCUGAACGAAGCAUCAACGUGUCCCAAAUGUCAUCGUGUGAUUCUCAUUUCGCACGGUUGCAACCAUAUGAAGUAG